AAACAGCCCCUAAAUUGUAGUUAGCUCCGCCGUGCCAUCUCCCGGAGGUUCGAGGCACCGCCGCUGGCUCUUCUCUCCGCCACUGUUUCCCUCUUCGCCCUGUUUCUCACUUGUUCUCUGGCGCAUCGAGAUUGCUCCAAGCUACCACUACACGCUCAGCUGCCGCCACCCUGGAAAUUUGGUGUAAUCUUGGUUUAGAGCUAUCUGCUUGUGGAUGGAGCCCGAAGUGGUGGAAGCCGAAUUGGUAUUGCCUACUCACAUGAAGUUUAAGAAGAUUCAGAUGUAUGAAAAGUAUCCGAAGGGACAGGCCAGAGUUAGGUGGAAGCAUCUCAAGCAGAUUAUUCAAGCUGAGAAUUACCAAAAUUAUCCACCUGAUGUGCCAAAUUAUGUUAACAUUGAGUCGCCACCAUCUAUGCGUCCAUGCAAAAGAAUCUGUGAUGUAACUGGAUAUGAGGCACCUUACUUCGAUCCAAGAACCAAGCUCCGUUACGCUAACGCAGAAGUGUUCAAGGUCAUAAGAUCUCUUCCUAAUGACUAUGUCCAGAGGUACUUGGCUCUCAGAAAUGCUGCUGUUGUCCUGAGGUAGCUCCGGAUGACUAGAGAAAUGGAUGUCUGUAAUUACUUUUUCUCUUCUGGUUGGUUACAUUGACAUGUAUUAUUUAUUUAUAUCCUGCUGUAAAAUGGACAAUUUUCAUCUCUAUAAUUUAUAUGCAGAACCGCCUUACUGCCCUAAUGAUUGAAUUGAGAAAGUCCGUUUGGUUCA